CCAAUUCGCCCAACAAUGGCGUCAGUUGCGAGAUCCCUGAGCCGGACGGCUUUAUCUAUCGCCAGGCAAACGACCUCCAGGCAGAAACCAACGAAGUGCCUCUGUCUGGUCCCGCAGCACUCUCGUCGUCCAUUCUCCAUCACGCCAUUUCCUCUCAACCAGAAGCAGGAGGCUGGUCCCGACACGCCCGUGGCCUCUGCCGAUUCAACGGACGAUCAGGAUGAAGAGUCGUUAGAACGCCGGCGACCAGGCGGAACAGCAUCGGACAGCGCCCUUAAUGCCCAAAUGUUGCGGGACAUCGAUCGAGAUGUCAACGAGAUAGAGCGACAGAUGCCGCUACAUUUCGAAACGCCAAAGACGAAAAUCGGUUUUUGGGGAGAAGACGAGGAAGAUGAAUGGUCCAGAACGGAGGAUGAUGAUGACGACUUCAAAGACGAUGCCAUCACUUCAAUGGCUCAUGCCGAACUAGAGCAGCAUCGCGAACUAAGAGAGUACGCCCGCAUAAUCGCGUGGGAUAUGCCUUCGCUAAGUGCCCUCGCGAAACCUUUUUCCCUCCCUCCGCAAACCCACAUUCUCCGCUUCCGCUACACCACCUACAUGGGUGAGACUCACCCGGCCGAAUCCAAAGUCGUCGUCGAACUCUGCUCCAAAGACCUCACGCCCACAUACCUCACCGAGGAUCAACGCAUCACCUUCCUCAAACUCGUCGGUCCCCGCUAUAACCCAGACACAGACGUCAUCCGCAUGUCCUGCGAAAAGUUCCCUUCUCGCGCACAGAAUAAGCGAUAUCUAGGUGACCUGGUGGAGAACCUGAUCUCCGAGGCGAAAGAAGGCGAUUCCUUUGCUGAUAUCCCGCUGGACUUGCGCCACCAUACUUCGAAGAAGAAGCUGAGCUUCCCCACGUCGUGGGCUAUGACGGAAGAAAGAAGGCGGGAACUGGAAUCAUUGAGAAAUGAGAGAUUGAAGAUUGAGCGGAGCAGAACGAAGGUUGUAGAUGGGAACGAGGCGGUUGUGGUCGCCGUUAAGACCCUGCCAGCUUUGAGCCAGGCGAGUCCCCGUGGUGCGGCGGGUGCUGGUGGUCGGAAGGAGGCCGUCCCUGUGAAAGCUGGACGGGGACGGGGCCCGCAGAAGUCUCGCUCUAUAUGGUAGCCAAAGUCCGCAAUUCAAUGUCAGGGUUCAAUCAGGGUUCUGGAUAAAUGGGGAUAGCUGGCAUAUCUAUUCAUUGUACUAGAUUUUAUUGGCAGGUGUUUACUCUUGUACUAUAUAGUCCGUUGGAUCAAUGUUCCAAUAUAGAAAAUUCGAAAA